AUGGCGGCUCACGAAGAUCCCGACGACUGGGAAUUGGUAAACGACGACGGAUUUGUGUACAAGCGCAAGAAGCGGCCGCGUCUCGACCCUACCGCGAUUUUGUCCGCCGUCCAACCGCCGCCGGAUCCCGCCGCGGAGAGGAGGCGCCGUCGUGAACGGAAAAGGAAUGCUCUGGUGAAGCUGAGGGAUAAGUAUGUGGAAGAGAUUAGCCGGUGGGAGAUUUUGUCGAAUACGUUGAAGGAACUGGAGGAAAGCGCUGGAACGAAAUCCAUGGAGCGGCAGGAACUGGUUUGCCCUACGUCCAGCUCGAAACAACAUUCCGACUCAGAUUCGUCCCUCCGGAGAACCGUUGAUGAGCUCCUCGCUCAGAUUGAAGCUCAGGAGGCUGUGAUUAGGAGUAUCACGAAUUUAUGCGAUGUAGCUGAAGCGUUGUGCAGUGCUCAAGAGGAUCGACUGAAGCAGCAGCUGACUGACUUGCCAAUUUUCGAUCCAUCGCCACAAGACCUCAUGGCUGCAUUAGGUGAACAAUAA